AUGACUCCCGCGGCGGGCGCCCCCGAGGGCGGCGCUGUUGCCGGCGGGCACGUGUCCGACAGCGACGAGGACGCGAAGCAGGCGCAGGUCGGGAAGGAGACGUGGGUGCAAUGCGACAGAUGCGACAAGUGGCGUCGAGUGCAGCAAGCGCUCCUAGCGGGCUUCAAAGACGACGACAGCUGGACGUGCGACAUGAACACGGACGCGAAGUUCGCGAGCUGCGAGGUGCCGCAGGAGAUGACGGACGAGCAAAUCGAUCAGCUGGAAGCAGAUCCUGCGCCCAAGGCCCGCCCGUUCGACCACCACAAGAUCCCCCAAGUCUGGCAGCGCAUCCUCUCCAGCAUAUAUCUCUACCGCAAGAAGCGCGUCACCGACGAGGACGACAUGGUUUGCAUGUGCGCACCGCGCACGCGUGCCGACGGCUCGCAGUUCGGCUGUGGGUCCGACUGCGUCAACCGGCAGCUCUUCAUCGAGUGCAACGCCGAGUCCUGUCCCUGCGGCACGCUCUGCAAGAACCAGAUGUUCUCCCGCCGCGAGUGGUGCAAGCUCCGCGUCGACCGCGCUGGCGGCAAGGGGUUUGGGCUGUUCGCGGACCAGGCCGUGCCGAAGGGCGGGUUCGUGAUCGAGUACGUCGGCGAGGUCAUCGACGAGGAGGGCCACGAGCGCCGCCGCGCCGCGUAUCUCGAGCAGGGCCAGCGGCAUUAUUACUUCAUGAACAUUGGCAACGGCGAAGUGAUCGACGCGUGCCAGAAGGGCAACCUCGGGCGCUUCGUCAACCACUCGUGCGAGCCCAACUGCGAGACGCAGAAGUGGAACGUCGGCGGCGAGAUGGCCAUCGGCUUCUUCGCGCUGCGCGACAUUGCGGCCGGCGAAGAGAUUACGUUCGACUACAACUUCGAGCGGUACGGCGACCGGCCCGUGCGGUGCCUGUGCGGGUCCGCGUCGUGCCGGACGUUCAUCGGCGGGUCCGGCGAGGGCAUCCCCGCGGAGGCGACGUUCGCGGAGGUGGACGACUGCUCGGACGACCCAUGGUACAUUGAGGUGGCGAAGGAGGCGGAGCUCGAGGCGGAGAUGCAGAAGUACGGCAUCCCGACGAUCGCGGAGCUCGAGGGGCCCAUCGACGCCAGCGCGCCCCGGCGGAAAGGCAAGAAGGGGAAGAAGGCGUCGAAGUCGGAAGCGCGCGAGUCGUCCCCUCCGCGCGCCAAGCGCGACGCGAAGAAGCAGGCCGACGCAGCCGCCGAUGCCGGCGGCGCGCGCAGGGACGCGUCCGCGCUCCCGCCGCGGCCCAAGCGCGUCGCGGACAGCAGCGGCGACGAGGACGACGACGUGCCCCUCGACGUCGCGCGCCGCGCGGCGCAGAGCGCGGGGCAGCGCACCUCCGCGGGCGCGGACGACAAGGAGCGCAGCGCCACGCCCGGGCCGCGCGCGCCGUCGCCGUCGGUCGCGGCGUCCUCUCUGGACCGCGCACGCAAGAGCGCCGGCGCGGGCGCGUCCCGGCAGGCGAUGGUGAUGCCGUGGCAGAUGAUUCCGCGGAUACAGCGGCGGUCCGAGGUGGAGCGCAAGCUCGACGGGAUCACGCUAAAGUCGGGUGGUAUCCGGGACAGUGACUGCGCGCUGAAGCUGCUGCGCCUGUUCAACAUCUGCCUGCCCGGGGCCGGCACGAGCGUGGACGGGACGGAGAUCACGGGGCAGACGCGCGGGCGCAUUCGCGACCUCAGCAUGGUCCUGGAGGUGGUGCUGACAACAAAGGGCCGCGCGCUGAAGCAGGCGAUCGUCAAGGCCGGCGCGCUGCAGCAGCUGAUGUACGUCAUCCAGCGCCUCGUCUCCGUCCCCUCGGCCAACACCUACACCAUGAUUGAAAAGGCCCUGACCGUCCUGCGGCACCUGCGCGUCAGCAGGCAGGAGCUCGAGUCGACGCGGUCGUCGCAGACGAACUUCGCGCAGUACAUCGCCACCCUCGCGGUGUCCAACAUCCUGCGCGCGAACCCUGCGCGCGAGGCCGCCCGCGUCACCGCCAAGGAGCUCAAAGUCCCCCUCCCCGACUUCGCCGGGCCGGGGGGGUCCGGACACACCCCCGGGGGACCGCCCGGGAGCGACCCGCGCGGGACGCCGUUCCGCCGGUCCGGGGGGAUGCCGCUGCCGACGCCGCCGGCCGCGCCGCGGCCCUCGCGCGAUGUGGACGGUGCCGACGGGCAGCGCGGCCUCCCGCCGCCGCCCCCGCUGGGCGGCCACCGGGACCGCAUGCCCUCCGGCGACGCGCCCAGGCGCCGCAGCGAGCCGAUGGCUUCGCCGCCGUUCCGUCCGCGUCGCGACGACCCGCCGUACCGCGAGCGUGGAGCCUCCCCGCCUCGUGACCGCGGCAACCAAGAGCGACGCGACAGCGACAGGAACAGGGACGCUGAGAGGCCGCGGGCGCGGCGGGGGAGCCGCUGGGGCCAGGCGCCGGACGUGGGGGUGUUUCCGCCACCCCCCCCUCUGCCGACCAGCGUGCUCGCCGAGUCGGACGCAGAAAUCGCGCGCAGGUUCCCGCUGCCGCCGCCGCCGCCGCCGGAGCCGGAGCCGGAGCCGGAGCCUCAGCCGGAGCCACAGCCGGCGAACUCUGCGGAGUCCGGCGAGAUCGUCGACGGGGGGGGGAGUGACAAGUCACGCCCCGCCUUCAUCAGCCCGUUCAGCGGCGGCACCAACCCGCUCGGGCGCAGCGGGUUCGCGCUGGACCUCGGGCGCCGCGCGGACACGGCGGCGGGCAAGCGCGCGUUCCCCGUCGAGCUCGGAAUCGGCGCACCGGGGUCGGCCGCCUGGGACGUGCGCAGCGUACGCCCCCGCGUGGACGACGGGGGGGUUCCAGCGGCUGACGCAGCGGCGGUCGCCGCGGCCGCGGCAGGCAGCAGCCCCUGGGCGCUCCUCGCGGGCAUCACGCCCGCGGCCCCGGCGCCGCCCGCGGCGGUGCCAGACGACGGCCAGAUGACGUCGGGUCAUACUUCAACAGUCCCCCACAUCCCCGCGGGAACCCCGAGCCUGGUCGCGGCCGGCAGCGGGGGCUCCGAGGAGGCCGCGGAGGUGCAUGCGUGGGACGAGCCCGGCCCGGGCUUCCGCGAGUGGGUGAAAACGGUGCUCCAGAAGUUGCUGUGGGGCUACGUGAAGCCGGACGGGGGCAGCGGGGCGGACGAGCUGCGGCUGGACGAGUCCACGGCGGCGGACCUGCUCACGCGGCUGUCGUGCGAGGUAGUGGAGCGGGAGAUGGAGGCGUUUCGGCAGCGCAGGCACCUGGGGCAGCAGAAGGCUAUCGAGGCGGUCAAAGUGGAGGGCAAGCUGCGGCAGAUGGUCGUCAAGUACGUGGUCAGGGCCAGCAAGGGCCAGCUUUGA